AUGGAGAAAAUGAGAGAAGCCGCUGCACAUUGGAUUGUGAUGCACGAACAUCCCUUCACCAUUCUUGAAGAAGAAGGUUUGAAUAUUUUCCUAAAGCGUGGCAUGCCCGAGUGGCAAAAGAUCAUUAGAGGAGUAGCAAAAAAUGAUUGUGUGGCAGUCUAUGAACUUGAGAAAAAGAAGCUGAAGAAAAAGUUAAGAAAUGUGAAAAAGGUAAGCCUCACAACCGAUCUUUGGAAAUCUAAAAAUCAAAAGAUCGAAUAUAUGGUUAUUAUUGGCCAUUGGAUUGACUCAGAUUGGAAGCUACAAAAGAGAGUGCUCAACUUUGUUCACAUACCACCUCCUAGACGAGGGGUUGAGAUUGCUGCUUCACUCUUCAAGUGUGUGAAGGAUUGGGGUAUUGAGCAAAAAAUACACACAAUUUCAGUUGAUAAUGCUUCGGCCAAUGAUGUGGCUAUUAGAGUUUUGCGGGAUGAUUUUAGUAGAUCGAAGAAACUAUUAGGUGGCGGCAAGUUGUUUCAUGUUCGAUGCUGUGCGCACAUCUUGAACCUUAGUUCAAGUCGGCUUUCUGAGAUUGCGGACAUUGUAAACAAAAUUAGGGACAGCGUCGAUUUUGUCAAUCGCUCAGAGACCAGAUUAUUGUUGUUCGCUGAGAUUGCACAACAACUUCAAAUACCCGGGAAAAAUAGAGAUCCACUCUAUGAUUCCUGUCCAGCUUAUGAGGAUUGGGAAAAAGCAGAAAAAGUGUGCUCUGUGUUAGAGAAAUUUUGGGCAGCCACGCAUGUGAUAUCCGGGAGUGAAUAUCCUACGAGCAAUUUAUUCCUUCAAGAGGCUGUGAAAAUUAAGAAACUCUUAGAUUCUCGAGAAAAUGAUGAAAAUGACUUCAUCCGAGCUAUGAUUAGAAAGAUGAAGGCCAAGUUCGACAAAUAA